AUGGGCUCCUCCAAUGCUGUCCUCCUGGUGUACGACGUGACGAACCGGAAGAGCUUUGCUGACCUGACCCUUUGGCUGGAGGAGGCCCAGGCUCACAACUGCCCUUUGUCCCGGUCUGAGAAGUCCGGGAGCCUGCCGGCGGUGGCGCUCUGCGCCAAUAAGGUGGACCUGGGCCGGCGCGCGGUGAGCCGCGCAGAGGGGGAGGACUUCGCCCAAAGCCACGGGAUGCGCUACUUCGAGACCUCCGCGGCCACCGGGGAGCAGGUCACCGAGGCGAUGAACUACCUCUUUGAGCAGGCGGUGAAUCACCACCUGGAGAUUGGCCGCAAGAUAGCCAUGGCCGCUGGCUAG